GGUGUGGACCCGCGUCACCCGGUGCCUAGCGCAACGAACCUGUGCUUCGACGUGGAGGAUCCGGACGCGGUCAUCCGGACGCUUGCGGCUCAGGGCUGCCGCGUUCCAGUGCCCCCAGUCAGUGUGAAGGAUGUGCAAGGCACGGUCACCUACGCGGUGCUCAGCUCACCGGCUGGCAACCUCAGCCUGACCCUGCUUGCCCGCGAUGGCUACCGCGGGCUCUUCCUGCCUGGCUUCCGACCCGUGCACUCCGCCCCCGGCCCAGGCUGGGUGAGCCACGUGGACCACUUGACCUUGGCCUGCACCGCCGGCAGUUCCCCUGCGCUUAGGCGUUGGUUUCACGACUGCCUGGGCUUUUGCCAUUUGCCGCUGAGCCCAGGCGAGGAUCCAGAGCUCGGCCUCGAGGUGGCAGCAGGGUCCGGGCCUGGGGGUUUGCGGCUCACCGCCCUCCAGAGCCCGCCAGGCACUGCUGUCCCCACCCUUGUGCUGGCCGAGUCCCUUCCGGGAGUUACCAGCAGACCUGAUCAGGUGGAGCAAUUCCUAGCCCGGCACAGGGGGCCGGGCCUGCAGCACGUAGGGCUGUACACUCCCAAUAUCUUGGAGGCCGCGAAGGGGAUGGUGGUGGCAGGAGGUCGCCUCCUCACGCCCCCGAAGGCAUACUACCAGCAGCCUGGCAAAGAGCGGGAGAUCCGAGCGGCAGGGCACAAGCCUAGCCUCCUGGCCCAACAGGGUAUCCUGAUAGACGGUGAUAAAGGCAAAUUUUUACUUCAAGUCUUCACCAAGUCCCUCUUUGCUGAGGACACCUUCUUUCUGGAGCUGAUUGAGAGGCAGGGGGCCACAGGCUUUGGCCAGGACAACAUCCGGGCGUUGUGGCAGUCAGUACAAGAGGAAGCUACAAGGGGCCAGGAAGCCUGAAGGGUAGAGCUGG